AUGGCUCUUUAUCGUCUAUAUUGCAUGUGGCUGUUGAUUCCAUUGAUAGUAUCCGGAGACGAAUUUGAAUCUCCUCUGAAAUCAGCGGUAAACGACGCCGAUGUUGACGCUGACGAUGAGCAAUGCAGCGUGGGCCUCCAAGAGUUUUCCCUGGCAAUCGAUGGCGACUUGACGUUACAGCUCUUACAGGCUUCGUCGGCUUUUCAAGGCGUCGAACAUGAUGUGACCGGCACGGUCGUCUGGGGUGCCUCAGUUUGCCUGGCACGUUUCUUGGCCAAAAAGACUGGUUCCAUACUACGAAACAAGAUUUCCCUUGAGUUAGGAUGUGGUUGCGGGUUGCCUUCCCUGGUUGCUUCCAAAAAAGGUGUCUCGAAGCGAGUCAUUGCAACUGACCUAGAACCUGCUACUUUGGAACAGUUGGACUCUGUUGCCAAGCUCAAUGGCCUCCAAGAGGACUUAUUGGAGCUGUUUCAGUUGGAUUGGAAGGAUAGCUAUGACAGCAGCGAUGGGAAUAAUGACGUUGGCCUGAGAAUGCUAGAAGACGACGAGAAAUUGCUACAAGCUGAUGUGAUUCUGGCAUCAGAUGUCAUUUACCACAAUUCCAUGGUCGACCCUUUCGUGCAGACAAUCGACAAAUACUUGGAUUCCACCGGAAGGGCUUUUCUAGCUCUACGAAAUACACGCCAAGGAGUGGCAACCUUAUGGCAGAAAGCCAUGCCAGAGAAAGGCUUUGAGUUGGUCGAAUCUGUUUCCUGUGACGCUUAUCUUGCCGGUGGCAGCGAGGCUUCAGAUGCCGAGGCCACAACGGUACCUCGAGAGUUUCAAAAUGAAGCCAACAGACAUCGAUGGCAUGGAGACCACACCAUUUACGUAUUUCAAUGGAAAACCAGUGGUGAUCGGGCAGCAUGA